CAGGCAACUUUUAGAUUGAUAUCAAACGUCAUCUGUGUUGUAAACAAACAGUGAAAUUCGGCAGAAGUGAGGAAAAGUUCCAAAAGUAUGUGAAAUGUUUUCCACUCGAUGUGUAAAAGUUGAUGUAAAAUCGGCAUUGGCUAUCGUUGCCUUAUUUUUCCUAAAUGGAAUCAAACAAUCUCAAACAGCCACAAAUUCAAUGGAAGAUUCAUCGAAAGCAGAAAUACAAAAGAACAAUACACCAGUCGACUAUGCACCAGUGACAAUUCUGAAAAAUCAAACAGAUUCAUCACUCUGCCCUAUAGCCAAUACCAACGUAGAAUGCAAUGUUUUGCCGGCAACAUGUAUUAAGUGCAAUUACACCAACCAAUGCAUCUAUGGAAAGGAUAUGAACGUUACUUGCGAGGUGCAUUCGAAUCUUGCUUGUGCAGGUGACCGACAUUUCACUAGAACUAUGAAUUGUAGAUAUUGCUACCAAACGGACUUAUGGCAAUAUAAUUGUGUCCUAAAGGGGGAUUGCAAUUCGGCGGAUCAAUAUUAUAAAACAAAUUGCACCGUUCACGACGAUGUUCUGUGUUUAGGUCGCCGAACAUUUUUGAAGAAUGUUAAAUGCAACUGGACCCAAGGAUAUAAAUGGAGCACAGCACUUAUGAUUAGCAUAACAUUAGGAGGCUUUGGAGCAGAUAGAUUCUACUUGGGACACUGGCAAGAAGGCAUCGGCAAGCUAUUUAGCUUCGGUGGACUUGGGGUUUGGACCAUCAUUGAUGUACUCCUAAUUUCCUUACACUACCUGGGUCCCGCAGAUGGUUCGCUUUAUAUAUGAAAUGAAUAUUUUGUAGGAAAACCUUUAGAUAUUUACGUUUAUUUUAACCAGUAGAAAAUAAGUAAUGUGAUAUUAUAAUGAUAAUUCCAGCAAAAAUAUUAUUUAUGUCACAAGCUA